UAAGGUGACACCUUCGUCUAUCCAGUUGGAAAAAUGGAACCACAACCACCUUAAUAAUUGUUAAAAGUCUAAUUUAAUCGCAUCAACAAUAUAACUAAAUACCUACUAUUUGUUACUAACAAUUUAUCACCAAUAAAAUGAACGGAAAAUUACUACGAAAUUUUAAUCCACUGGUUUCUAUCAUUCGAUCAAAAGGUUAUAAACAUCCAGGAGGUAUUCGUUACCCUGGGGGCAUAACAUACUAUCCCAGAUUCCCAGAUUACAAAGAUCCUGAAAUAACUCCAUCAAAGUUGUUCAGAGUAGAGCGAAUUAAAUCAAGCAAACAUUUUCCAUACUGGCAAAAAAGGAUAUUGGAUGAAUUGAAAAUUCAUGAGGAGACCAGAGUCACUGUGGUUAAAAAUAUACCAGAAAUCAAUGCUAAACUAUGGAAAAUCAAGCAUUUGAUUAAAAUUACACCAAUUGAAUUUCCUUAUGGAGAACCAACUGCAGAUGAUAUAAACUACACAAUCCUUAAAGAAAAUGGUCAAUGCUUGGUUACAAAAAAAUUGGAACCGGAAUUCGGCCAGAUCCAGGCCCUAGAAGAAUUUGAUAGUGAUAGAAAAAAGAUGAAUUCUACAACCAUAAAAAGAGAUACUAGACAUAGAUGGAAUACAGGAUAUGGAGGGGGAUUUUAAAUUAAAUUAGUAUGUUCAAAUAUGUAGUAUUAAAAUUAAAUAAAAUGGUUUUAUUUACUUA